AUGUACGACUACUUUGCCCCUGAUAAUCUUCACUGGCGGUUUCGAAUGCGAAAAAAUGUCUUUGAUCGUCUCUACCAUAGGGUCCGGUCGUUUGAUGACCACUUCAUCUUGAAGAAGGAUGCCGUGGAAAGGAUUGGAUUUUCUGGUUAUCAGAAGUGCACGGCCGCACUGCGGACGCUUGCAUAUGGCACGGCCGCUGAUUCGUGGGACGAGUACCUAUGGAUACGUGAGAGCACAUGCGGAGAUGCCAUGGUCAAUUUUGCAACUGCUGUUGUCUCGGUGUUUGGACCUCAAUACCUGAGAGAAUCAAAUGUCGAAGACACCGAGAGGCUCUUGACAAUCUCUGAAGCAAGAGGGUGGCCAGGUUUGCUCGGAUCUCUUGACUCCAUGCAUUGGAAAUGGAAGAGCUUCCCAAAAGCUCUACAAGGGCAAUAUAUGUGCCAUGUUAAGAAGCCCACCAUCAUUCUUGACACGGUUGCAUCACAUGAUCUUUGGAUUUAG